AUGGAUAACGAGUCCGAGUCUAGUUACUACGACGGAGAGACGAUGGCCGUUGAUGAGGACUACCACGUGGUAUGCACAACUCCGACACGUGAUGACUGCCGUAUACCAGCUUAUCCUCCGUGUCCGCCUCCGGUGAGAAGGAAGAGACCGCUACACUUUGGAAAGAAAAGGGGACCGCCGAAGAACGGAUAUUUUCAGCCGCCGGACCUGGACCUGUUCUUUGCGGCAGUGGCAGCUUCCAUACGGCAAGAAAGCUGCGCCUAG